AUGAGUGACUCGAUGGUUAGUAUUGAGUCAAUAUCGGAGAACAGUCGUGGGGCUAGCCCUACUAUUAGAAAGAGACGGGGUCGGCCGCCAACUGCAGGCCAGUAUAUCGGUCUGGCUCAAGCAAAGCUGGCGCUUAAAGAGGCGGAGAGAGAAGAGAAACGACGAACAGAUGAGGAGGAAGUGGUUGCCGCUUCCCGAGAGGCCCGGGCACGUGCCAAAAAGCUAAAUCUACCGGCCCUGCCCUCCGAAGAAGAAGAGUGUCAGACGACAACCUGUCUGAGUCAGGUAAUUGAGGAUAACGUUGGCAUCAUCAGGAGAGUGGCUGCCACGUCUAAAAACUUGAAAGGUGGAUAUGUGCGAGCUCUGAAAGAUGCGGCCUCAGAGAUCUCCAAGGUAGUUCUGGCCCUUCAGAAUCGUUCCACCUCGGACGAGACGAGAAGUCUACAGGCGGAUAACGCCCGCCUCCAUGCAGAGGUUGCGCAGCUGCGCAAGGAGAUGGCUGAGAUGAGAGAGCGCCUCCUUCGGCCGAUCCCACAGAGGGAAACAGCCCCGCCGAUUCAGCCAGCUCCUCAACCGCAACAGAGGGACACUGAGGAACUAGUGCGCACUAUACUCUGUCAGGUGGGCACAAUGAUGAAUGCGAGAUUCGAGGCGUUAGAGGAACGGCUAUUACCAGAAAAAAGGCUACGCCCCUCAUUGGCGGCGGACAGACGGUCAGCGGGGACGGAGGCCUCGAAAACAAAAAGGCCAACGACGAGAGGGCAAGCUUCGGAUGAAGCUUGCAAUGAGGAGGUGGUUGAACCCCAAACCCUACCAGAAGAAGAGCCCCUGGCGAAUCAGCCUGGUCAAACCCAUAAUCAGUUGCCUUGGAACGUGGUGGUGAGGAAAGGGUUACAAAAGAAAAAACAAGGCCCAUUAAGGACCCCCACUGCUGCAGAGAGAGUAGCUAAACUCAACCCUCCGAAGUCAGCGGCAGUUGUGGUCACACUGACGCCAGAGGCUAUUGACAAAGGCAUCACUUACAAUGCCGUUAUUGCGGAGGCUAAGGCCAAAAUAAGAUUGCAGGACAUAGGCAUAACAAAUGGGGUUCGCUUCCGCGUCUGUGCUACGGGUGCUCGGCGCUUCGAAAUCAUGGGAGUAGACAGCGGUACUCAAGCCGAUGCACUUGCUGAAAAACUGGCCCAGAUUUUCAACCGCGAUACAGUCCGCGUAUCCAGACCAGUUAAGAUGACGGAAGUUAAAAUCUCCGGUCUGGACGACUCAAUUUCCGUUGAUGAAGUACUCGACGCGGUCGCAGAGGCAGGGGGCUGCCCCAAAGACAGCCUGAAAAGCAGUGGUGUGGUCAAGGAUACCUUCGGCGUGGGACACUCUUGGGUGGAAUGCCCGAUAGCAGCCGCAAAACGAGUGGCUGCAGCAGGACGCCUCUCUUUCUCGUGGGUGUCGGCCUCGAUAAAGCUUCUGGAGCCUAGACCUCUACGCUGCUAUAGAUGCUUACAAAAGGGGCACGUCAGAGCACAAUGCUGUGCAGACGUCGACAGAAGCCAGGAGUGCUUCCGCUGCGGAACAGUUGGCCAUAAGUACAGGGAGUGCUCGGCUAAGCCGCACUGCUCCAUCUGUGCUGCAGCCAAGAAACCAGCAGAUCAUCAACUGGGCGGCAAGGCCUGCUCUACACCAGCCCCCAAAAUCAUUAGACGAAAGACUGUACCUCCGGUACUUCAAGCCAAUAUAAAUCACUGUGCACGGGCUCAAGACCUGCUUCUACAGAGCAUGGCUGAGUGGUCGUCACACGUGGCCGUGGUGGCGGAACCAUAUUUAAUUCCCAACAGAGACAAUUGGACAGGUGACGAGGAAGAGUUGGUGGCCUUGGUAUUAUCUAGGACCUCCGGAUCCUUGACAUUCGGAAAUGUCAAAAAAGGCCGCGGAUGUGUUGUGGCCAGCGUAGGAGGAAUUCUGAUGGUUGGUGUGUAUUGUCCCCCCAGGAAAAGUCUUUCUGACUUCGAGGACCUUCUUAGCCAGAUCGGGACCCUAGUCGGUGGCAAUUCUCGGUUCGUGUUAAUAGCUGGCGACUUCAACGCCAAAAACGUAGCCUGGGGAUGCCCAACAACGGAUGCACGAGGGGCAGUACUCGAAGAAUGGGCCUUAACGGAGGGACUCUGCUUACUAAAUCAGGGCUCGCGCCCGACCUGCGUCCGGCCGCAGGGUAGCUCCAUCGUGGACCUUUCGUUCGCCAGUCCUGCGAUAGCUCGCCGGGUAUACGGAUGGAAAGUCUUGGAAAAUGUGGAGACGAUGUCAGAUCACCUUUACAUCCGUUUCCACAUAUCGGAGUCAUCUGUGGUUCCAGCUCGCCCGGGAUCCCGGUUGAUGAACGAUAGUAGCCCACGGUGGGUGGUAAAGCGCAUCAAUAAGGACAUCCACACCGAGGCCAGUCAGGUUGAAAACUGGAUGCCUCUGGAUAGCGUAGUAAGCGUUGAUGAGGGGGCUUAUGCGCUACGCCAAUCAAUAACCCGCGUCUGUAACGCGUCAAUGCCGAGGCAAGGUCCCCAACCGCCGAAAAAGCAGGUAUACUGGUGGUCAGUCGAAAUCGCGGAACUACGCACUGCGUGCGUCACCGCCAGGCGCCAAUAUCAAAGAGUACGACGAAGGAGACGACGUGACGAAGCGACGGAGUUACUUCUGAGGAAUGCCUAUACGGCCACAAGACGCACCCUGUGCCUCGCUAUAAGCGAAGCAAAAGAGAGUGCGCGGGAAGAGAUGAUCGAGUCUCUGAAUCGUGACCCAUGGGGCCGCCCAUAUCGAAUGGUGAGAGGAAAACUGCGAUCACGGACAUCCCCCCUGACGCAGUCUCUCCACCCUCAAGUGGUUACAGAAGUUGUGAGAGGUCUCUUCCCCCAAAAGGAACAUCACAAUCCACCUACCAUGUCCACCUCCGCAAGGAGCGAGACGACUGGGGUUGUUGAGGACAUUCCGCCGAUAACCUCGGGCGAGUUUGGCGCUGCGAUCCGUAGGCUAAACGCCAAGAAGACGGCUCCAGGCCCGGAUGGCAUACCUGGUCGUGCAUGGGUAUUAGCCGCGGACGCAUAUGAGGAAAGAGUUCUCGAGCUUAUGAAUGCCUGCCUUUCCCAAGGACGAUUCCCCCAAUUGUGGAAAAAUGGAACGCUUGUCCUUCUUAGGAAGGAAGGCCGACCCGAGAACGCUCCUUCAGGAUACCGCCCGAUUGUUUUACUUGAUGAGGUGGCGAAGAUGUUUGAACACAUCGUAGCCAAACGUCUAACCAAUCAUAUGACGGGAAGCGGUCCAGACCUUGAUGACAGUCAGUUUGGCUUUAGAGCGGGGAGGUCCACUGUGGACGCUAUAGUGAGGGUAAAAAAGAUAGCGGAGGAAGCAGCUGCCCAAGGUGAGAUCGUCUUGGCGGUAUCCUUGGAUAUCGCCAAUGCCUUCAACACCUUGCCCUGGAGUUGCAUUAGGGAAGCACUCCGCUAUCAUCGAGUGCCAGGAUACCUCCAACGCAUAGUGGCUGACUACACGGGUCAACAUGAAAUUUGA